AUGUCAAUCAACGGCCCCUCCCCCCUCCCCCCAACAACCAUAACAACCAAUACCCCCAUCCCCCAAUCCAUGGCAAACGCCUUCCUAUCCGCCUACCUUGACCGCGCCUCCACAGACCCCGCGCUGCAACCCAACGCCAGCAUCAGCGAGCACGGCCCCGUCAGCCGCACCACGGCCUCCGCGCCGAACCUCAUCCUGCAUAAUCUCAAGCGCGUGCAGGCGGGGCUUGCGGGGGAGGUUCUGGGGCGGGACUUGACGAUGAUUCGGAUGGAGCCGGAACCGGAGACUGAGAAUGGGGAGGGGGUGUAUGAGGCCGGGCAGGAGCAGGAGAGGGUUGUUGAGGGGGAGAAGGAGGAGGCGGGGGAUGUGGAUAUGGAUAUGGGUGGGAUGGGAGGCGGUGGGGGGGAGGAGGGAGUUGAUAAGGAGGAGCGGAAAAGGAAGAAGAAGGAGAGGAGGUUGGCGGAGAAGAAGGCCAAGGCUAGGAGUGCUUGA